AUGUGGCCUGAGAUCACGAGCUUCAUCCGAACGGUGCUCAAAGAGACAGUCGAGGAGGCCAUCCAGACGCGAGUACCGUGGUUCCUCAGCAGCUUGGGCUUUGGCCGCAUCAGCUUCGGAAACUCGGCGUUGAAGGUCGAAGAGCUGAAUGUCGAGCGCACGACGCAGACUUCGCACAAAGACGGCGAAGUGCGCAGCUUCAAAGUUUCGAGCCUGGUCGCCUGGGAUGCCGAUGUGGAUGUGGCACUGACAGCACCGACAGCUGUGCUCUCUGCAGAGCAUGUGCUUGUGAAUGGCCGCUUGGACGUUUGUUUGCAGCACAUCCUGCCCAGGCCGCCUUUCUUCACCGGCAUCACGUUUUACUUUGCGGACCUUCCCAAAGUGGCCCGAUGCAAGCCAUUGCUCGGUGUUCGGCACCCUGAGCAAAAAAAAUUCUAUCAGAGGACACACCCGUUGAGACAAACGGAGGCAUGCGCCGACACCGUUCGAGAAGGGACGCAUUUUGAGCAGUCGCUCGCUCGUCGCAGCCGUCGUAAUUGGCCCUGA